UGUGUUGCUACUUCUAAUUUCAUUGUGAAAAAUUACAGCGUUAUGAACCGUGAACAAAAAGUGGCCACCUUGCGGCUUACAAAUGCGUGGUCCACUUUCAUUAAGUUACAUAUGGUGUCUCUUCGACAACCUCCACAAACCAGAGAAUGGGCGCGCCCCAUGCUUCUGGAAAGAAACUAUCAAGCUAGUCGGUUGGUUAACACCAUUAUGGAGGAAGAAUUGGAUACCACCAUUAUAAAUUUUAUGAGGUUAUCCAGAAAUGAUUUUAACUAUCUGCUUGAGCAAAUUACGCCAAAAAUUAAAAAAAUGGAUACCAAUAUGCGCCCAAGUUUGUCACCAAGGGACAUGCUUAUUGUGACAUUACGAUAUUUGGCUACGGGAGACCAAUACAAGUCGCUUGAAUACGCUUUUCGGAUUUCUGCCCAAGCGAUUUCUAAAUUCGUACCUCAAGUAUGUGAUUGCCUUGUUGAAGUUUUAAGAAACUAUGUGAAGUUACCCACCAAUUCGGACGAAUGGAUGAAAAUUGUGCAGGGCUUUGAAGAAAAGUGGAAUUUUCCCCAUACACUCGGGGCGAUUGACGGCAAACAUGUUAUGAUAAAAGCUCCACCGCAUAGCGGAACUGACUAUUUUAACUAUAGAAGGUUUUUUAGUGUUGUAUUUUUAGGUGUGGUAGAUUCUAACAGUAAUUUUAUAUAUGCAGAUGUUGGCUCUAAAGGUAGAAUAUCAGACGGAGGAGUCUUUAGAAAUUCUGUACUCUACAAAAAACUAGAAAGAAACGAGUGUGGUAUUCCAAGCCCUGCACCGUUAUACCAAGCAUCCCGCAUCCUUGUACCGUAUAUGUUUUUAGGAGAUAAGGCUUUUCCGUUGACGCAUUACUGCCUUAGACCGUUCAGUGGUUUAACGGAAAGAGGAUCAGUCCAGCGCAUUUUUAAUAUGCGACACUCGAUUGCCAGGCGUCCUGUUGAAAUGGCCUACGGAAUCCAUAGUGGCAGGUUUCGGGUGUUGAGAAAGCCUAUCGAGCUUAGUGAGGAAAACGCUAAAAAGGUGAUAAUGGCCACUAUAUAUUUGCAUAAUUUUAUACGACGGGAUGAAAAUACUAGGAAUCAAGAUGCCAACCAAUUUAUAUAUAGGCAAGACGACAAUCCAAAUAAGCUUAGAUUUAAUGCAAAUAGAUCACGGCCCAAUUUCAAUAUGAUGGAAAUUCGGAUGCAUAUGGCAAAUUAUUUAGUAAAUAAUUGAAAAUAGGAAAAUUAAUGAAAUUAAUAAAAUUAAUAAAUUUAUAUUUGUGACAAUCCUUGCCGAACACUAAUACUACGAACUUACUCUGCUUACAUAAAGUAAGGAUUAUUGCACUACUACCAUUUAAUGUAUAAGUUGAAUUUGUACAGUAAUAAAUGUAAGUCUUAUCUCGCAACUCAUCUCGUUCACCUCUCUUUCAAAUAAACAAUCAGUAAAUCAAAAGAAAGCGCUAAAUAUUUAAUAGUUUUUCUAAUUUCGGAUAGCUUGUAGCAUACAAUGCGCUUGAAUACAUUUGUAAAAUUUGUGGAAAACAAUAUUAUUAGUUUUAUUAUCUUU